GAUGUGCCCGAACGUAUUGGGCCAAUACUGGGUGGAAGCUACAGCGGCCGACAGUAUAAUAGAAAGUGAAAGUGAUCACAGCGAGGAGUUCCAGAUAUUGUAAUGUGUUUGCGGAGGGACUGGGCCGAUUCACCGGCCCGCCGGUCAGCAUACAUGUACGGGAGGGGGCGCGCCCGGUGUUUAUGCGCGCGCGCCCACUGGCGUAUGCACUGCGCGAGCCGGUGGAGCGGGCCCUGCAACAGCAUGUGCGGGAUGGCAUCCUCACCCCCGUGGAGCGCUCCGACUGGGCUACGCCGAUUGUACCAGUGGUCAAGAAGGACGGUAACAUUAGAAUUUGUGCAGAUUAUAAAUUGACGUUAAAUAAAGUUUUAGAAGUUGAUCGCUAUCCACUUCCACGAGUGGAAGACUUGUUAGUUCGCUUGCACGGGGGCAAAAGAUUUAGUAAGGUUGAUUUAUCCCAGGCUUAUGCCCAAUUUUUAUUAGAUGAUUCCAAGAAGUAUACGGUUAUUAAUACGCAUAAGGGUUUAUUCAUGUAUAAUCGUUUGGUGUACGGACUAUCGUCGAGCCCGGGAAUUUUUCAACGUCGUUUAGAAGAAUUAUUUGCUGAUUUACCACGCGUGGGGGUGUUUUUAGAUGACGUAAUCAUAACAGGUUCAUCAAAAAGUGAUCAUUUACAGAACUUACACAAAGUCUUUCAACGUUUGGAUAAAUAUGGGUUAAAAGUAAAAAAAGAAAAGUGUGAAUUUUUCAUGAAAUCCAUUAGUUAUUUAGGAUAUGUGAUUAGUGAGGAUGGAGUCCAUACUUGUCCCAAUAAAGUAAAAGCUAUUUUAGAUACACCUGCGCCCGUGAAUGUAGUAGAAUUACGAUCGUUUAUAGGCAUGAUUAUGUACUACUCGAAGUUCAUUAAAAAUUUAAGUACAAUGCUCGCUCCGUUAUACAAGCUAUUAAAGGUGGGAUCGAAAUAUGAUUGGAGUAGCCAAUGUCACAGUGCAUUCCAAGAAGUAAAGAAGGUGCUGGCGAGCAGUGAAGUCUUGAUGCACUACUCGGCCGAGUUACCGUUAGUGUUGACGGCAGACGCUAGCGGUGUGGGGGUGGGCGCCGUGCUGUCGCAAGUGACGGCGGCCGGCGAGCGGCCCGUCGCAUACGCCUCGCGCUCGCUUACAUCGGCUGAACGUAAUUAUUCUCAAAUUGAUAGGGAGGCGUUAGCUAUUAUUUACGGAAUACGCAAAUAUCACCAGUACUUGUACGGAAGGAAGUUUAUACUGAGAACGGAUCAUAAACCCCUGACAUAUAUAUUUGGUGACAAAGUUGGUAUACCAGUUAUGUCAGCCUCUAGGUUGCAACGUUGGGCCGUUCUGUUAUCGGGGUACAAUUAUGAUAUUGAAUACGUGUCGUCCAAAAAGAAUUGCGCCGACGCAUUAUCGCGCUUGCCGUCUAAAGUUACUAACGAUAGCGCAGUUAAAGAAGUAACGUAUGUCAAUUUUGUUGAGAACUUUUUACCGAUAACAAACUAUGACGUCAGCAAGGCCACCUUUAAGGAUGUAACAUUAAGUAAAAUUAAGGUUUAUAUAGAAUCUGGCUGGCCACAUUUUUGUAACGAUGAUGAUCUCAAACCAUUUUUCAUCAGGCGAAAUGAAUUAUAUAUUGAAGGCGGCUGUAUUAUGUGGGGCUAUCGCAUGAUUAUACCUCAGUCUUUGAGACAAAUAAUAUUGAAACAGUUGCACAGUAGUCAUAUGGGUAUAGUUAAGACGAAGAGCUGGGCCAGGAGUUAUGUAUGGUGGCCGCGCAUUGAUGACGAUGUGGAGACUAUGUGUCGUAGCUGUGAGACGUGUGCGCUGGAGGCGGAUGCGCCGCCUCACUCCGUACCUCAACAUUGGCCUUAUUUACCUCAACCGUGGACACGGUUACACAUAGAUUUUCUAGGGCCUUUAAAGGGUAAAACCUUUCUAAUAUUAAUGGAUUCGACAUCUAAAUGGCUUGAGGCUUUUGAAACAAAACACACCAAUGCGUCAGCUGUUAUAAAAAUCCUUCGAACAACUUUUGCACGAUUCGGUCUUCCUGCGGAACUAGUUUCGGAUCAAGGUCCGCCGUUCACCAGUAGAGAAUUUUCGGAGUUUCUAAAACUUAAUGGAAUUAAGCAAUCUUUUUCGCCAGUUUACCAUCCAUCUUCUAAUGGUGCUGCGGAAAACGCCGUCAAGUUAUGUAAGCGUGCUAUUAAAAAAGCGCAUAGGGAUAAAGUCGAUAUAGACGCCGCAUUACAAACUUUUCUUCUUACUUACAGGAAUACUAUCCAUAGCACUACAGGGGAGACCCCUGCAAUGAUAUUACAAAAACGUAGAUUACGUUCACGUUUUGAUUUAUUAAGAAACGAUCGAGCUGUAAUAGAUAGAAUACGCGUUGCACAGGAUAGGCAGGCUCAAAACGCGGGUGGCGUAAGACGCCUCUUUGAACAAGGAGAUAUGGUUUGGGCAAGGGGCUAUGGUCAGCAAGAUAAGUGGGUUAAAGGUCAGGUCCAUGGCAGGGAAGGUUCUCGAAGGUAUAUCGUGGAGGGGGAUGGCGGUCAAUUUAUAAAGCGGCAUGUGGAUCAAAUACGUCAUAGGUCACGUUUUUCUGAUGUUACUUGUCCUGAUAUUGGGCCUGGUGACUCGGCGGCGAGUGUGGGUGAAAAUGCCAUGUCAUCGCUGGGGGAUGAGGUGGUGGAUGAGAGUAGAGAUGACUUUAGCCAACAACAUAAAGAACCGGUUGACUUUCCACUUCAGGCUAAAGAUAAUGGCAUCGAACCUUUAGUGCGCGACGAUAGCGCCAAUAACAAGUCUCCUUCUCUCUGUUCACCACUUCCAGGAGCGUCUGAAUUACGGCCAAAACGAGAGCGCAAACCAGUAGUCCGAUAUGGUUUCGAAUUUGAUUAGGUUUGAACUCUAGAAUUUUUUUAUUGUUAUUUAUUUCAUUAUUUUUGUUAUUUUACUUAAUUAAGCUUAAAUUUAAUGGUGGAGGUGUAAUGUAGGGUAUAUCUAGAUAAUGUUGUGUGCGUGAUUUGUAUUGUGAGUGAAGUCAGUUUGAAUAUACGCAGUGUGCCGCUAAGACGUUGUUUACAUUUAUACC